UAACCACAAGGAGACAAAACAUGCCUUUCGUUCAAAGAUGGACGAAUAUUUAUCCAGGUUUAUCAAAGAUUGAGAUCAACACACACGGUAUACACUACUAAUAAAUGAUGUCUAAGUCACCUGGUGGAGCAAACUCCAUAAAAUCCGCGUCAAUAGUGGAAAACGAGCCACAAAAUCAAAAUGAAAGGAAGUCUGACCCUAAAGUUACAACCUUUGGGCUCAAACUCGUUAAUCGUCUUACAAUGCAUGAUUUGAAAGCAAUACAAGAUGCAUUCACAAUAAACCAAUCAGGCCAGGAGAGGGAUUUAAGCCUUGAUUUGGACCAGUUCUGUGAGAUUUUAUCUAUAGUGUUAAAUAAAGGUGUACGAGAAGAAUAUGAAGAGCUUUUUAGCAAGAUUGAUGUUGCAAAGGAAGGGUUUGUUGACUGGGACAAAUUUUCCAGUCAUAUGCUUCUUGAAUAUUAUGAAAAAGAUGACAGAAUGAAAACUACGCAGGUACCUCAAUGGAGAGAGUUGCGUAAUAUUUCAUGUCCACACAAAGAAAUUAUAAGAAGAAUUUGUCCUUUGAGCAACCCAUCUAGAUAUCUGUCAGUUAGCAAGGAAGGGGUAGUCUGUCUUUGGUCACUCAGUAUGAAGCCAAUCAGAACUUUACAGGUCCAUACUGACCAUGAUGAAGUAAAACAGAGAGACCUCUGGGUCACAGACUUUGUGCCAAUGCAGAAUAUUUACAAGCUGGCUCUCUCUUUGACAAGCAAAGAAAUUGCGAUAUAUGACCUGAGCUCCAAAUCAGAAUUUAAUUGUCAGUUUAGGAUUAAAAACCUUGAUGACACACCUUUGUGUCUGGAUUACUGGAAUAAUCCUGAUAAACCUAAUGAAGCCAUCCUUGUGUAUGGAGAUGUCUCUGGUCAAGUGAUAGCAGUCCUGUUUUCUGCUGUUAAUAUUGCUUUGUUCGACAGACCUGCACAGCCAGCAGGCAGUAAACAAGAUAUCUAUCUUACUGUAGACAUUAAUGAUGUUGCAAAAGGCAACUACAGAAACGCGAGAAUAGUUAAACAUCAUGGUCAUACAGAAUGGACAAGACAAAUUAUGUAUUCAGCUCACUUGGACUGCUUUAUGUCAUGUGCGACAAAUUAUAAAAAUUCUUUAGUUCUUGGCUGGGUAGAGAAGUCAAAAAUGCAUAUGAGAACAACUGCGUUCAAGAUUCCUCAAGGGGUCAAUGCAUUUGAUUAUAAUGAGAAGAUGAAUCUCAUAGCAACGGCUGGUGUCAAUCACCAUGUGUGUUUAUGGAACCCUUAUGUAAUUUCUAAACCUGUUGGGGUCCUGCGAGGUCACAUGCAGAGCAUUGUAGCUGUCAAGUUCAUACAGUCACGUGGUCAGCUUAUUAGUUUAUCUAAAGAUAAAGUCUUGCGUAUUUGGGACACACACCUUCAAGUAUGUCUACAACGAUUAUCAGGAAUGUUCCCUAAAGGACCUGCUGAAGUGUCCAUUUCGAUGUAUUAUGACGAAGAACACAGUAAACUCUUCACAGCCUUCAAUCAACAGCUGACGUUAAUGGUGAUGAAACCAGAAGUGAAAGAUCGUGUAAUGAGUCAUGAACAGCCAGUUACUGCAGCUAUUUACAACAGUAAAUUUAACCAGGUGGUAACAGGAUGUGCAGGAUCAGUGAUUACAAUGUGGAUGAUCGAUACAGGACAGAAAGUCAAGCAGUUUGCAAACGCUCAUGGGAAUUCAGAGAUCACCACGCUUACUCAGGAUGCAACAGAGACUCGUUUAUUCACUGCAAGUGCUGAUGGGACUGUUAAGAUCUGGGACUUCAAUGGUCAUUGUCACAACAUACUAAUGGCAGGGAAUGGUGACCCAGCAGAGAUCAGUCAAGUAUUAUGUCUGAAGAGAAUGAUCAUUGCGGUUGGUUGGGACAGGGCGUUGUGUGUAUUUCGUGAUAGUCAAAUGAAUACCUUUUACGUGUAUCCUUCUGAUUGGAAGGGACGACAGGAGCAUCAAGACGAUGUCUUGUCAGUAGCGUACGGCCCGCCAUCAUGUCUUGCCACGGCCAGUUAUGACGGAGAGAUUGUAAUCUGGAACCUGAACUCCGAGCAGGCUUCACGGCAUCUUACGUCACAUCCGGAAAGAAAAAGAACCAGGUCCUCACGGCGGAAUAGGAAAGCGGGAGGUACCAGUCCUGCCGCGACAAAUAAAGUCGAUGAGUUCCUGAGACCAAAUCAAUCAGCUGAGAGAAAUGGUUCCGCCUCGUCAGAUCGGAGCUCUAGAGAAAAGAAUGACAAGGAGUCGGAUGGUGGAUACGCCGUAACGAAGUUGCUGUUUUUAAAUGCAAGACCGCAGACCGGGUUAUCUGGCGGCGCAAAUCUUGUUUCUUGUAGCGGGAAUGGAUGGAUUCGUUUUUGGAACCAGCAUGAGUCGACAUUCCUGGGAGAAUUUCUUGCCCAUCAGCAUGCGGGUUCUCUAACCAUGUGUAUAGAUGAUACCAAUACGUACCUCGUGACUGGUGAUGCUGAUGGUGUUGUGAAGGUCUGGGAUAUUUCAGAGUACUGUGUGACCGCCGACUACGUGCGAACCGAUCCUCCACCACUACUAAAGCAGUUCCAGCCACAUACUGACAUCAUCAACCACAUCGAACUGCUGACCAGAAGUGAACGACUGCUCGUACUUACAGCAUCUAGUGAUUGUUCUGCAGCAUUAUGGGAUAUUGAGGGACGACACAUCGGGGACUUUGGACAGGAAGAGCAUUGGAAAAUCGAGCCGAUCUCGAAAGAAGAAAGAGAAGCAGAAAUGCAACGGCAAGCAGAGGACGUUGCUGAGAAAAGUGAGGAAGAAGAAGAAGAAGAUCAAGAAGAGGAGGAAGACCAAGAAAUACAAUACUACACUGAUGAAAAAUUUGAUCCUCAAUAUCGAAUGACUACCUGGGAGAAAACUAUAUUAGGAAAAUCAUACAAAGAAGAACGAGGUAGCAAACGUGAACGUCGUCAACCAAUGACCAUCCCUAACCUACCAUACCUGACAUGGGAGAAAACAGGACAGGCUCCUGCCGGACCCUAUGCGGCCCUCGAAACAAAAGAUCUUGACGACGUUGGUACCAUACACAAACCAGAUUUUAUCGUUAACCCCGAGAAAUAUUUCAGCGAAAGAAAGUCCGCUGGCUCGAAAGGACGAUCACUGCCGCCAUUACCCUCUAUCACUGAACGUCUUCAAAUGCGGUACGAUGAGAAAAGCCUGUUUCCUAAGUCUAUUCUCGACAUGGAAUCCAAAAUGAGGACCACGCAUUUACUUGGAAUGCGGGUGUCACGUGCUAGCCGGCGUAUAGAUCCUCCACGAAUUCGCGUACAAGAAGCAAGUACUCAUUCAAGAAGAUCAUCCAACUGGAACAAGGUGAUAAUGAAGAGAACUAAAAACGAUGAUGACUAGGCUAGUACAGGUAAUGGUGUCAGAAAACACGUUCUGUUGAAGAACAAAGAAGGGCCGGCAAGCCACAUUGGUUUAAUGGUAUAUCAUUUUGAUAUAUGUGGUAAACUAGACAUCGAAUGUUCGAUGGGGUAACCUUUUUUCAUCCUGUAGUUCUGCUGCACAGCAUCGUUGAGUGUAUACUGUACACUGCACAUGUAAAUGCCAUUGCCUUGUCCCUAAGGUUAUAAUUAUAAAAUGUAUAUGGCAUAAAGUGGUUGGUAUGGUGACUGUAAUGGUCCAGUCAGGUCAUGGUGUGUAAGAUGUCAGUUAGAGUGGUAGCUAUGUACAUGUAUAUGACUGUUUUUGCGGUUUGUUUGAUGCGGUUGGUUGUUCAUGGUAAAUUGUUGGCUUGCAAGAGAUUUCAUACGAGUGCGAAACCAACGGCAACGCCUCUUAAAAUGGUUGCGCUCUGACCAUUGAUAUGGUAGGAGCCAAUCAGAAACAGGAUUUGUAUCAGACCGGUGUUUUAUUUAGUACACUAAAAUCACUAGUCCUAUAUCGCCAUGGUGUGCUAGUUUCUAAUGUACAUAGAUUUCAUUAAUAUCUUCAGGAUAAUAUUUGUAAUUUAUUGUAAAAAAUAACAGAAUCUAUUUUUUUGCUAACUGAAACUGUAUACCUCUUUAAAUGCAAUGUGCUUGUUCGGGUGGACUCCAUGUCUUCUCUGCCAAAACUGCACGAGAAGCCUGGGACCUGGGGUGAAAUAUUUGCCAUACGGCAGUCUUAAUAUAUUCUACGGUAAUAAUUUAAUUAAUAUCCAUUUUAUACAUCAUUAUAGUUUGGUGUAUGAGAACAGAAACAAUUUAUAUAUUUUUCACUUUUGCAUUUGCAUUGCAUUGCAUUUCUUUUUCUUUUUCUUUAUGCGUAUAUAAUUUACAACUCUAAUGUUUUGACGCCUUUUCCAAAGCUCGGCACUCGUUUCAAGGUUUCCUCUUAUUGUUUGUCUCACAGGAGACUGGUAACCAGGAUAUCUUUAGCGAUUUAAAAUAUAUCUCUUUUACAAUCGUCCAAUAAUAUAAUUCUCGUGUUUUCUUAUAACAGACUUGUGUGGCUUUGAAACUUUAUCUGCGACAUCUUAAAACAGGCCAGUGGUUUAGGAGAAAUUAUGAGAUGUACAUCCGGGAUAGUCAAAUACUUACGAUAAUCAAUCACCAUAUUUGGUCGUAAUAGUCCUAUUGGCUAUUUUAGAUCGUAAUGGCCCUAUUUGGUGGUAGUAAUUGACCAUUUAAUUCGUAAUAACCAUAUUUGGUUAUGUCGUCUAAUUUUUAGUUUUAAUACUACCAAAUGCAAACCUUCAGGUUAAAUUGAGGUGGACUGGGGCACAAUUGGCAGUCCUUGUUGGUUUUCAUGUGACGUCAUGAAUGACAUGUUUUUAGCCAACAAGGCGGACAUGUAUGUUCUAGCUUGUUCCUCUUGGAAAGAAUAGCAAAGCACCUAUAUUUAUAUAUUUUCUCUCUCGAAUUGGCAUCGAUUAAAGUAUAACAAAUCGAUGUUAGUUCGUAAGGCUAUCGGAAGGUAAAUAACCGAUUAACGUAAAUAUUCACGGUCUGUUUGGAGGUGUUAUGUACAUCAACAAAUGUUUCCUUCGAGCUGUCUGAUUUACAUAGUUCACUUAAGAACACGACAGUUUACUGUUAGGCCUUAACCUGCGUCUGUUACCCCUUAAAAUAUUCGAAACUGUUUUCCGUCUUUCUAACCAAAGCCCUUCAUGCUGUUGUCCGUACAUUGGCAUCAGUUUCCAGAGAAGGCUUCCCUUCACCCGCAGUUAAAACUUCAAGUUUUUUUUUUUUGCUGACUAGAUUGUGACGAUGCUUGACUAUUUCGUGCGAAGCCUUGAAUUUCGUCUGUGCUGUCAUCAAUGAGCUCCUUGUUACUUGUGUUUGCUGAACGCGGAACCGUGUUGGUGCAAGGGCAACUAUCUUGUAGUGAGAGCGUCUCGUUGGCGGCAAAAAUUGAAGAUUGUUUUGAAGAAUUUKAUACGACUGAUGUUCUUGGCAAUGUUCUUUCUAUUUAAAGUUGAAAAAAAAAACAGUGAUGAGGAGAAUUAUCAGAGAGGAGUUAUGGGCACCUGUAGUUAAGGCAUCGCGGAUCAUUGACAAUAGAGAAUGCUUCAAGAUUUUGCUGCGUUCAAUGCAAUAGAAUGGUUUACUUCAAGAGUACUGGACGGAAGAAAGACAGACGGACAAACAUGUGACUGACUAUACAAUUUACCUGAUUUCUGCGUGUCAUUUAGUCCCCGGAAUAUGUGCUUUGCCUUGAACGUUCUGGAAAGAAGACAGGAAUUAAUGCAGUUUAGGAAAAUCCUUCGUUGCGCAAUGUCAGUGAAAAUCUACAUAGAGUCGUGGGGUAUGGCAGAAACGGAAAUGUGUCCAUGUCUGUACCGUCAUAAGUUGGUUACCAGAAAACAGAAGCAAAGGGACAUAUUAUGGGUUAUAAUUAUACAGUCUGAUGUCAUGCAAAAACUGUUCUUUUCUCUUCAAGAUUAGUCCUCAAAGUAAGCCUGGAUGAAAUACGCUGGCAUGUGAAAUAUAAAAUACCAUAAAUCGCGAUACGACCGGCUUUUAAGCAACGUGGGUAGGGCGCUAGAGGGAAGUGGCAGCGGGGACUAGGGAGGAAGACCCUCUAUAGUGACAAGAUACAACUACUCUUGUAAAUAUCUCGUUUCAAAAUAAUGAUCUUAAUCAACAUUAUAAGGACGUCUUGUAUCGUCGACGAUGACAGAAAACCGGGGUUCUGACGCACAUCUUGCCUUACUCUCGGUUAAACUGAGGAUUAUCUUGAAGAAGAAAAAUGUGCAGUGCGCCAUGUGCGAUGAAAGACCUCGGAGAAUAUUGAUUUCUUUGUGAAUGAAUUGCGCAUUUUUGCUUUGUUCAUGCGCACAAAGGUGAACUACACACUAAACACAGAUUGGCAUGACUGACAACUCAUUAGUUUACGUACAAAGACGCACAAGACGAAACAAGCAGAAGAUUACUCUUGUUAAUGAAUAGUUCUAGCGCUUUAGAAAUGAUCUUAGGGUAUUUUACUACCACAUCAAGUUGCACAGAAUCAGUAGAAUCAAGUGGCAUUGUUCACAAAACAUAAAAGCUAAGGCCUUUGAGUUUUCUGAUUCAUGGACCCCUUCCAAGUAGCAACCAUGUUUCUUCCCAUGAGAAUAAAAGUCUUUCCUUAAACCCGCGUAAACUCUUUCUAAAACUUUUGAGAAGCUACACUGAGGCGCCGGUUAUAAAAUUUUGUGUUUCAGUGAACAUUGCUGCCAUCCUCGGGAACCCAGCGGUAAAGUUUUGUCGCUCGAGAAAAGAGUGACAAAAUUUUGACAUGACAUCGCUGCAUGCUGCUUGAAAAAGGUCCAUUGACAUUUCUUGGAUUUUCCCCAUUUUUUUCCCCCAAUAAGGAUUUAGAAAGCUGCUGUCUCGUUUUCCCUAAAAUCGCUAUCGUUUCCAGCUUCCAUAUUAAAUCAUUCUGAAACUA